AUGAGCGCAGCGUUCAGCUCGUCCUUCAUGGUGAUGCAGCGGCCACUCGGAAGCACCACCGCCUUCAGCAUUGACUCUCUGAUCGGGGGGCCCCCGCAGCCCAGCCCGGGACACUUUGUCUACACCGGAUACCCCAUGUUCAUGCCGUACAGGUCGGUGGUGCUGCAGCCGCCGCCUCCGCCGCCCCCGGCCCUGCAGCAGGCUCUCCCCGCCGCACACCACGCGCAGAUCCCCAGCCUGCAGAGCGGCUUCUGCUCCAACCUGGCGCAGGGAAUGGCGCUCACAUCCACGCUCAUGGCGUCGCUGCCCGGCGGCUUUUCCCCGUCCCAGCAGCACCAAGAGGCUGCCAGAAAGUUCGGCUCGCAGUCGCUGCACGCGGUCUUUGAAAAAAGUCAGGAGCUGCGGCUGCACGAGGAGGACGGGAAGAGCUUCCUGCAGGGGAAAGAGGCCGCAGCGAUGCACGCUUUCCACGACACGGAGCAGACGUCCACAGUCAGAGCCCACAGUAAAGAAGACUCCAGGGAGGAGGAGUGCGGCCGGAAAGAUGAGAGCUUCUCCAUGGACAGCGACUUGGACUACAGCUCGGACGAUAACCUGCUGUGUCACAAGGAGGAUGGGGGGGAAAGCGGCGGCGGCGGCGGCGGGCUGGAGGACGGCCAGCACGUGCACGGAGGCCCGGGCUCCGGUGGAGGCUCCGGUGCCGGGGGAGGAGGCGGCGGAAGCGGGAAGAACCGGCGGCGACGGACGGCAUUCACGAGCGAACAGCUGCUCGAGCUGGAGAAGGAGUUCCACUGCAAGAAGUACCUGUCGCUGACCGAACGCUCGCAGAUCGCGCAUGCGCUGAAGCUGAGCGAAGUGCAGGUGAAGAUCUGGUUCCAGAACCGGCGCGCCAAAUGGAAACGCGUCAAAGCCGGGAACGUCAACAACAAAUCCGGGGAGCCUUCCCGGAACCCCAAAAUAGUUGUUCCCAUCCCGGUGCACGUGAGCCGCUUCGCAAUAAGGAGUCAGCACCAGCAGAUGGAGCAGGCCAGACCAUAA